AGGUUUCAAGUCGAUCAGUCUGCGCUGGAGAAAGUACUGGAGUCCUAGCUAACUGAAGUGGGGCAAAUUUCAUACAAAGACUUAUUUUUUAAAUAUAUUUUUAAGGGGAAAAGUUGCCUUUUUUACUGUGCAUUUAUUUUGCAGAGUCAAACUCCUGUUAUUUUUUAUUAUUAUUCUUUUUUAAAGAUUGCGGCACUGCUGGAUAAAGACUUGGCUUUAACUGUAAAAAUCGGAUUAUCUGACUCGGGCAUUGUGUUCUUUAGACCUGGCUCCUUUUCCCCCUCCUCUUCGCAUUUUGAGAUCUCUGAAGUGAAGAAGCGACAACCAUGUUCCUGAGUUUUUGCCUCCUCGUGACAUUUCUUCUGGGGCUGUCCGGAUGCUUGGGCUCUUACGUUCCGUGCGAGCCCUGUGACGACAAGGCGAUGUCCAUGUGUCCGCCGGUGCCGCUCGGCUGCCAGCUGGUGAAGGAGCCGGGCUGCGGCUGCUGCCUGACGUGCGCGCUCUCCGAGGGGCAUGCGUGCGGCGUUUACACCGGAACCUGCAGCAAGGGCCUCCGCUGCCUGCCGCGGAGCGGGGAGGAGAAGCCCCUGUACGCACUGCUGCACGGCAGGGGAGUGUGCACCAACGAGAAGGGCUACAAACCCGCCGUCCCGCCCGCAGAGUUUGAGUCUCGAGAGCACGAGGACACCAUCACCCCAGAGAUCCCGGGAGAGCUGCAGCCAGCUAAAGUGCCGCUCCAUCCCAAAGACAUUGUCAACAGCAAAAAAAACAUAGCGGUGCGCAAAGAGCAGAAGAGGAAGCAGACCAAGCAGCGCUCCAUGGGCGCCACGUUGGAUUACACCCCUCUAAGCAUUGUCAAGCAUGAGCCGGAAUUCGGGCCAUGCAGGAGAAAACUGGAUGGAAUCAUUCAGGGGAUGAAAGACGCAUCUCGUGUAAUAGCUAGGUCUCUGUACCUUCCAAACUGUGACAGACGAGGAUUCUUCAAGCGCAAACAGUGCAAGCCAUCUAGUGGUCGCAAACGAGGCAUCUGCUGGUGUGUGGAUAAGUACGGCAUUCAGCUCCCAGGCAUAGACUACACCGGAGGAAACUUUCAGUGUAAAGACCUGGAGAGCACCAACAAUGAGUGAAACCCUGAACUCCCCCCGCUUCCCUCUUUCGAAACCCCCAUCGUCCUACUCUUUACCCACCACAUGACACGGGGCCCAUGCCUCCUCUCUUAAUCACACCUGUGUGCUCCGCCCUCUGCUCACUUCAGGAUCGUCCAUGUAAGGAAAAACGAACGAAAAAAAGGACAGACCCAGAACUCCUCUCCUCAUAUGGAGGAAACACACAAAAGAUUUACUUGAUCCCUUUUCUUGACUAUGUCUUUUGGGACUGUUGUGUGAGCCUGGUUAUGUAAAAAGAAACACGUGUGCAGACCAGAUUUUGUUUGUUUAUUUUGUGUUAUAUCAAAUUAAUACACAAACAAAACAUUGUGGGGGAUAAAAUAACUAAAUAUACAGAGUUAAACCAAAUUCAGUUGGAAACAGUGGAUUGUUAUGGCAGCAUUUCAGAGAUGAUUGGAAGAGGAAUUAGAUCUUCAAUAAGAAAAAAAAGAACCAAGAGACUAAAAGAUGUUGGAACACUCAAUCCAUGUUUGUGGUUCUGUCAGAGCACUUAUGAAAAAGGGGAUCCUGCUCAGUUAAAACUUCUCAAAAACGUGUGUGGGUGUGAGUAUAAAUGCAUUAUGUGUAUGAACCCAUAUUGGUGUACAAAUGGAGCGAGUCUGUUAGGAAAAGAAACGAAUGUCUUUUUUUUUUUACUUUUCUUUUGUUUAAUGUUGUCAUGCUGGCAUUUAAGGUGGUAUAGGGGCUAGCCUUUCUGUAAUGUCAGGAAAAAAUAUGUGGGUUUUUAUUUGAGAAACUAAAGAGGAAAAAGACCAACACAGAUAGACCUGCUUAAGUGGCUCUUCAACAUUUUAGCUAGCCUGACAUGCCAACUGUGCCUAUUUCAACAGACACUGCCAUACAAGCUGACAUGGUUUAGAGGGUGCUGGUGCUACUGGUAAAAAAAUAAAAAGAUUUGAAACCUUUGAUUAUAUAAGAGAACUGGACUGAGGGACCCCUCCCAACCACUUUCCAAACAGGAAGUGCCCACUUGCUCCAUGAAGCCAAAAACAAAACUUCUUAACAGGUUCUUGCUGAUUAUUUUUUCCAAGAUCUUUUUUCUUUAUAGCAAAUAUUCAAGUUAUAAACCGACCAAUCAGAUUCCUCGAUAAUAGUUUGUGGAAUCAUUUGAUGACAGAUUCACCCGAGCCCGCCUUCAAGUGGUAGAGGUGUGGACUUCCAACAAGCUCACUCCUGAUUGGUAAUAGUGGUUGCAUAGAGAUGGUGACUCUUUACAAUCACUGCUUACUGAUGAUGUCUGGAAUGGGGGAGGGGUUAAAGUCUGAAAUGUAUUUGGUUGGAGCCAUUUUUCAUGGGUGAUGUCACAAUGUCUUGGUCCAGUUAACGUAUAUAGUCAAUGUUUCCAACUUGAUCAAUGAUGUUUAGGUUAUAUCUGGUCCGUCCGGGGUUGGUCAAACCUUCCAGUAGGGCCAGUUGCUCCUUUGAUUCAUGGGUAAGACGUGCAGUUUUGUAUGGCUUUGUUUGUGCUGUUUCAUUUGCCUUCGGUGAAGUAAAGACUGCCCACUUUUGAGCCAUGUUACUUUAAUAAGUGGUCCCCUCCCUCUCAGUUCUGCUACUACAGUGUAAUCUCGGUAUGUUAUUUUGAAAAUAUAGUAGUUGAAUGCUGUUUUUUCCUCCUGUUAAACAAAGUAUGACAAUUAUGUAAAUAUGCUUGAGAUAAAAGAAAAUGUCAGUGAGAAUUUGAUUAAGUCCUCGUAAGCCUGUCAGGGGGUGUUUGGGUGGUUGUGGGGGGGUCCACAGUCAUUUGACAGAGCAGUCAAAGAUGCCUCUGGAAUCCUACUGAUCAGAUGCCUUUUUAGCAGAAGUGAUAUGUCCGUAUCCUUGGGGAGCUUAAAGGUUAGAGGAUAUAGCAGGGUUUUUUGGUAUUAGAGCUCUUCCGUUUCUGUGCCUUACCAAAUGCAUUUAAGUACCGCUGUGAAACUGACAUGGAGAGGAAUAGGUACACUUUUAUAGUGGAAACUGGGAGCUGAUACAGCCAUUCAGUGAAAAUACAUUUGUAAUUUCAAGUGGCUUAAGUAAAAUCCUGGACGUGAAAGGAACCACGUAGGAGCAACUUUCGGGUUUAAGCUUCAACUCUGACAACCAAUAAGCUAAGGUUCUCGCUUCUUUAUGCCAAUCUGUGCACAAGAAGAGGAACAAAAGGAUGUUUGGAGACCUUUUUUUUUUUUUGGGGGGGGGGGGGGGGGGGGGGGGGUUGUUGAAAAUCCAACCUUCCACCACUUUCAAAGUCCAGACAAGAAAGCAGCUUGCACUUCUUUUGUUUACUCAUAAUCGUCAAUCAGACACAAACAUUAAAACAAUAAAAAUAAAAGUGGGAGGGGUUAUUGUGAAGUUGGUGGAUCAGCGUGGAUCCCUAGGUGUUCUAUAUUUUGCUUACUUCUCAAAGGCAAUGCUUUGAGGUAAAGAUUAUUGACAGGGGCUGUUAAAAGCCCAUGCCUGGGACCUUUAGUACCAGUGAGAUCAUUUUGGAGGCAAAAAAAAGACAGUUGAACAUGACUCAGCUACGGGUGUUCUCACGGCCUAUUGCACAGACAAUUGCUAGAAAACAGUGGAUGAGGGACAGUGGAAGAGGGAGAGGAAGCAGCAUGGGCGGGAGUCAUUAUCGUCGCCACUUCCCCGAUGUGGGCUCACCAAUUGCAUGACGUUAGAUACAGGUAGCAACAGUUGGACAGUUUGGAGGAGUUUUGGAAUCUGGGUUGGUGGUGGUGUUCCUCUGCAAGCUCACAUCACAUUUUCUUGUGUUUGCAAAGUCCUGCCACCUUCGGGUGUUGGCAGGUCGUCGUCACCUUCUCAGGUCUCCCAACUCCUGCUUUGGUUUAAACUCACUUUCACACUUCUUUCUUCAGUAGAACAGUAACUACAGUACAAUUUUGGGUUUUAGUUUUCUGAAUACAUAACACUUUUUGGACGCGAUUGGGUUUUAUUAUUAUCAUCAUUAUUAUUUUUUUUUUUUUUACAGAAUUUGGUGUUGACUCAAACAGACCCAUCGGAGGAUAGUAGGAAAUAUCGGUCAGUAUUUGGAGCGACACAACAACAAAAAAAACUAAAAACAAAAAAAUGUUAAAAAAUCUCAAAUUAUAAAGUGAAUAUCACUGUGUAAUAUUUAUUCAACCUGUAAUUUAUGUACUCUUUUAACCUUUGUCUAUUUUUUUCUGAUAUGACAAAGCAUUUAUUUAAAUAAAGUUAUGUAUUCAUUUAA